CGCGCGCGCGGAGAGUGAGAGCGAGAGAGCAGCGCGUGAAAGAGCCCGGGCUCGCGCGUGAAUUGUUAAUAACCGAUUGCAGUUAAAACGCAACAAAGGCGCGCGCGUGCGCACACACACACAGGGGGCCGUCCCUAAGCGCGAGCGCCAGCCAUUGGCCCGUUGGUGAACUUUGUAACGAGAUGUUGUCGCGCGGCGCUCAUGCUUUCACCGAUCACCGCUGAGGAGGAUUAUCAGUGACACACACUCACACUCACACACACACACACUGUACCGGUACCACAGGGGGAACAUGACCGAGAAGCGGAUCUCGCGCUGGUACUUCGGCGGCAUCGCCUCGUGCGGAGCGGCGUGCUGCACGCACCCGCUGGACCUGGUCAAGGUGCACCUGCAGACACAGCAGGAGGUGAAGAUGAGGAUGAUGGGGAUGGCGAUGCACGUGGUGAAGCACGACGGCGUUCUGGCGCUCUACAACGGCCUCAGCGCCUCCAUCUGCAGACAGAUGUCUUACUCUCUGACCAGGUUUGCUAUCUAUGAGACGGUGAGGGACAUGAUGGGCAGCGAGGGGCCAAUGCCCUUCUACCAGAAAGUCCUGCUGGGGGCAUUCGGAGGUUUUACCGGAGGUUUUAUUGGGACUCCAGCAGACAUGGUUAACGUCAGGAUGCAGAACGACAUGAAGCUCUCACCCGAGCUCAGGAGGAAUUAUAAGCACGCUCUGGACGGCCUGUACAGGGUGUGGUACGAGGAGGGAACGAGAAAACUGUUCUCAGGGGCCACCAUGGCGAGCAGCAGAGGGGCGCUGGUGACCGUCGGACAGUUAGCGUGUUACGACCAGGCGAAGCAGCUGGUGUUGGCGACGGGAUUCCUGGGAGACAACAUUCUCACUCACUUCCUGUCCAGCUUCAUCGCUGGAGGAUGUGCUACGUUUUUGUGUCAGCCGCUGGAUGUGGUGAAGACACGACUGAUGAACUCUAAAGGAGAGUACAGAGGAGUGCUGCAUUGUCUAACCGACAUCGCAAAACUAGGACCACUGGCCUUCUACAAGGGUUUAGUUCCAGCUGGGAUCCGAUUGGUUCCUCACACGGUUCUGACCUUCCUGUUCCUGGAGCAGCUGAGGAACUACUUUGGCAUCAGGGUGGUCAGCUGAGUGUGAGCUCUGAACUUUGACCAUUUUGGCCACUCCCACUACCACCGUAAAGAGCCUGGGCCGAGCUGGAUCUGGGAUGUGCCCUCUAUCUCACACACACACACACACACACACACACACACAAACAUAUAGAGUUAUAUCUUAAAUGAAUGAUAAUAGGGCAUUAUUGUAACGUCACGGUACAUCACCAUUCUCGUCAGCCCUGAGGGCGCGUCCCAAACCACACCGUGUAGACUACAGUGCACUAUUGAGCCUUUUCUGUUUAACUAGAGCCCACUGAUUAUCCUGCACAAAGUAUUGGCGCCCCCCAUUACCACUACUUCCAAGUGGCGUCCAGGUUGUUGAUGAAAAGGUUGGCGGUUCGAGCCCCAGCACCAUCACGCUGCCACUGUUGAGCCCUUGGGCAAAACCCUUAACCCUGUCAUGUCCAGGGGGCGCUGUGUCCUGGUUGACCCUGCGCUCUGAUACCCAGCUUCCUAACUUUGAUAUGUGAAAAUAAUAAGUUCACUGUUCUGUAAGGUACAUAUGACAAGUAAUUGAAUCUUAACCAUAUUCGGUACUUUUUUUUUCCUCCCUUUUUUAAAUCAACACCAUCUGCUCAUGUUUUUACCCAAAAAUAAAUAAAUAAACCUGAUCUAAAUUUCCAGCAUGUAUAAAGAAGCAGCAGUUGCUUUAGAUUUUCCCCAUCCUUUAGACUAAUAGAGGUUUAUUUCAUUCUGCAUGUUGCCUCCAGGAAUCACGUAAUUAACAGCUUUAGGGGGAUUAAAAAAAAAAACAGCUUUCGAGUCAAAGAUUCUUCACCAUUCAGCCUCAUUAUUUUGGAUUUUUUUUUGCCAUAUGUUUCUAAUGCUUAAGCUGAUUUUGCUUUUUCCUGAGUCAGUAAUUUCUUUAAGGGCUAUCAAGGCAGUGAUGGCGAGUGAACAUACUGUAAAUUAGUGUUAAAACUACAGUACAACUAAGGACAAAAAAAAUACAUUUGCAAGAACCACUUAUUUGGUGUAACUCGACAUUUAUACUUCAAAGCGGUUCCAAUACAUUUGUAUUCAACUUACUAUGACGCUUUAAGAACCCAGAAAUCCAUAUCUUAUUUUUGAAGAGCAGUCCUGUGAACGAGGUUUCUUAAGUUUCACAAUUACAGCUUGUACGUGACUUUUUAACCGAUGUGCAUAGAAGUGUUAGAGAGGAAAGUAAGGGGCUGAUAUGUUUCUGUACAAUGUAAAAAAAAAUAUAUCAAUAAUAAUAAAUCCUAAGCCUAAUUGCAGGGAUGAGGAUUUGUUUUUUGACAUAUUCAAGACGAACCCCAUGGAUAUGGAAAUUUACUGAUCAAAAUAAGCAAAAACUCUGUUUGCUUAAUUACGUUCCAGUUGCACAGAGUUAUUUAUUUAGAUUUGUUCAGUUAAUGUCCACAUAUUAUUAUUAUUAUUAUGAGCAGCACUGUAUAAAACUCACCAAUCCUUUGAUCAUCCUUUUAUACUGCUGAAUGCAUGGGGUGCCAAUACUUUGUGCAACACAAAAAGUCCAGGCCAGUAAUGAAAAUGAGCCAGUUAAUAAUUCAGAGUCAUAACUACAGCGUCAUCAUAUUUCUUUUAAAAGUCAUUUCCACUGCCGAGGUUAAGUACGUGAGACCGAACGCACCAUGUUCCUGAGUCAGAGCCUUUAUAGAUUUACUAGAGUUUAAAGUUUAAUAAUGGAACUAUGCGAGAGUUGAUUUUAUUUGUGUUUGUGUGUGUGUGUGUGAAUUUGUAUCGGCUGUAAAAGCCAGGACCAAUUCAUACCGCAGAACAAAGUUUACUGUAGUGCUUCGAAACUUCAGUUUACAAUAAGAUUAAUGCUGUAUGUCAUAGAUAUGCAAAAAAAAAAAAAAAACUGACAAAAAAUGAUUUGUAAUGAAACUGGAAAUCAAAGCCAGACUGGGAUUGCAGCUGGAAGACUUAUUGCUGGAGAUUUAGCUGAGAAUCAUAUAGUGAAUUAAUUUCUACUAAUGAGGUUUAUUAUACAGUAUAUAUAGUAAUUAAAGACUAAAGCUGGAAAAUGUAUGGAGAAUAUUUUUAAUCAUGAAUUAAAGAAAUAGUUUGUUAAAUGAA